AAGCUUGUUCUUCACUCCCAGCCAAGCCGCACACUCAUCAUCAUCACUUCUAGUCAAUAUCAAGUCAUAGAUAUCCCAUAAUGAAGUCGAUUACGCUAAGUAGCAGCCUCUCUCUUGCCGUUUCGGCUUUGGCAUUCAAAAUCCAUGCCCAAUGCCAAAAUGCUGAGGUAAUAACUCGUGAUGUUGCCAUUAUUGGCGGCGGUGCGACAGGUACCUACGCGGCUGUUAACCUCAAGGACGAAGGCAAAUCUUUUGUCAUCGUCGAGCGUAAGGGUUACCUGGGUGGCCACACUGCUACCUACUACGACCCUACAACGAAAACUCCCAUCAACUACGGUCUCCAGGUUUACUGGGAUAAUCCGAAUGCUCGUUCCUUCUUCAACCGCCUCAACAUCACCGUCGCCCAGGGUACAUUCCCCGCGAGCAAGACUCCUAUGUACAUCGACUUCACGGAUGGUACACAUCUCACGAACUACUCCAUCCCCAAAAUCAAGGACGACUACAUCACUGAGCUUCACAAAUACCCUUACCUUGAGAAUGGCCUCGAGCUCCCUAAUCCGGUGCCUGAGGACCUUCUUCUACCCUGGUCCGAGUACAUGGUGAAGUUCAAUAUUACUGAUGAUGCCUUCUCUACCUACUCGCGCCCCGCUGUGGCUGGUGAUCUGACUAAGACCCUUGCCCUCUAUGUGUUUAACAACCUGAACACUGUUAUGCUUGAGGAGCAGCUUGACGGCCAGACUAUCGCCAACGCUAACGGAGAUCUCGCCGAGCCUUUCCGAAAUGCCCUCAACGAGUUCGGUGAUGAUGUUCUCCUUAACUCUACCGUCACUAGCGGUACGCGCGGUAGCAAGCCAUCCGAUGGCGUCCAGCUCUGUGUCUCAACCCCUGAGGGUAACAAGCAGAUCGUCGCCAAGCAACUUAUCUUCGCCGCCCCUCCCGUCAUGGACAACCUUAAGCCCUUUGGCUUGGACCAGAAGGAAGAAGCCAUCUUCUCCAAGUUUGCCGGUGGUUUCUACUACACUGGUGUCGUCAACAACCUCGGCCUCCCCAACACCAACAGUUACGUGAACCGUGGCGUUUCGACUGAAUCCAACACGGCUAGUCUGCCCGGAAAUGUCAUGUUCAACCCCACCAAGGUUGAGGGUACCUACUACUACUGGUACACCUCGCUGAAGGCCAUGACUCAGCAGGAAGUCGAGUCGGCGACCCGCGACACGCUCAAGCUCCUACAAAAGAACGUAAACGGGUCCAGCAUAGAUUCCGAGCCCAACUUUGUAGCCUACAACAGCCACACGCCACUUCACCCCACCGCGGAUGCCGAUGCGAUCCGUGCCGGUGUCUACAACGACUACUACAACAACCAAGGCUACCGUAACACCUGGUACACCGGUUCCCUUCUCGUCACCGGCUCCCCACAGCUGUGGAACAUCACCGCUCAGCUUUUGCCCAAGAUCAUCGCCGCCGCCGAGCAAUAAAUGGCUUACAGCAUACGAGCUGAGAAGCCCUACAAAAGCCACAAGUUACAUCACAUACGCGGUGGCUGAAUGAGUCAACUCGAUAUGACCUUGAAUAUACGAGCUAUCGCAUACUGGCACAUGUACCUGCUACUUUUCCUGUAAAACAAUACAUUGCUGUUUUUUUUUUCUGUUAUGAUGAACGUACCUAGGGUUGGAAUUUCAAGGGGGAUAAAAAUCCGGCAGUUGAAUCAAAGUGUCUUGGCGUUUGUAUUAGAAAGAGCGUAGCGUAGCGAAUACCUGUAAACAUACCUAUUUAAUACAACACCAUCUCCAAAAAAUCGAUAACCUUAGAAACUAGUCCCGGAACAAAAAAAGUAAAAAAACCCCGGUAUUGAUUUGAGACGAUCUCCGAGGUCGUGUUUCCCCGCGUAGUUCUCCUCAUACCCAACCCAAGACAAGGGAAUUGGAGGUUAUCCGAGUCU